UCAGAGGCUCCACAACUAUGGCGGCAUCCGAGAAUACCAACCCUGACCUUCCAACGCUUCCUUCCAAAACCAGAGAGGAAGGAGAACUCUCUUCUUCCGACGAUGACGAAAACCCUGAUAGCUCUGCCGUGCAAUCCACCCCUGCUGCAGGCCCAGAUUCUACUCCUUUGGUGCAAAAAAGUACCCAAAGCGUUCAAGGUGGCUCCAAUAACGUACAACUGCAAAUGACCAGACAACCAACUACACAGAAGAUCCUAAAAAAGAACCAAUUACCUCCUAAAUCUUCUCUGUGGAAUGGUCAUGUAGGCACUGAUAAAAAUCUUGUAAUAAGCUUCUCUGAUGAUGACAGUGGUAGUGACAUUGAAACUAAAGGUAAUGGUUCUAGGUUGGAUAGCAGUUUAAAGCGGCCUAGCUCUUCCUUGGAAAAGUCUAGGAAGUUACAGCAGAAUGCGAGAAGUUUACACAAGGAAAUGCCCAAUAAGUCAUCUUUAAAUCGCACAUUUAUCUCAUCAAUGACCAAAAUUCCUGGUUCUAAUUCUAAGGUUGCCAGAUCCAUGUCACUAGUACAAGGACCACGAGGUAGAAAUUUCAAUCCAAUGAACAAAAAUUUAGCAAAUGUAGAGCGUGGACGUGAUCAAGGAGUGGUGUCAAAUGACAAUAAACUUCAGGAUUUAAGGCAUCAGAUUGCACUUCGUGAAAGUGAACUCAAGUUGAAGGCAGCCCAGCAAAAUAAGGAGUAUGCUUCAAUUUUGGGUAGGGAUCACAAUGCCAUGAACUCAAAGAACAACACAGCAAGAAAAAAUACUCCAGUUUUCCCAGGACCUGCACAGUUGGAGCCAAAAGAACCAGAUAGGAAACGCUUGAAACUUGGCACAUCUUACAGCACCCCUAAUGCUGUUGGCAGUCAGCAAGAAGUUCCUGCUGUUAAAUCUAUAUUACCGGCUAAAGAUUCUACAUCUGAAAACUAUAAUCCUCAGGAGAGAAACAAGGUUGAUCAUAGCCAAAAAUUGAUUCCAUGCAGGGGAGAGUCAACAAUUAUCACAUCACAAAGGCAAUCUGACAAGCAUCUUGACAACUCAUUACAAAAUAUGCCUCGUAGAUCAAGAGACAGUGAUGUCAAUUAUGGUGGCAAUCAAACUGAGAAGAGUGGCAGGCAGUUUGACCCUUGCGUUACUUUCAACCAAAAUGUGGUGCCGGCAAAUAUGAGUUCCAAUGGUGUGCCAAAAAAUCUUGAAGAGCUAAGCAAUGCAGUUCAUUUGAAUCACAAUGGAAAUGUAAAUUUCUCAGAGCACAGCAAUAUCGAUUUACAGUCAUUUUUUAAUAUGGAAGACUUGAUAGACAAGGAACUGGAGGAGGCUCAAGAGCACAGGCACAAAUGUGAAAUCGAAGAAAGAAGUGCACUUAAAGCUUAUCUUAAAGCUCAGAGGUCUUUGCUUGAGGCUAAUGCUCGAUGCACCAAUCUUUAUCAUAAAAGGGAAUUGCAUUCAGCUAAGUUAAGGUCUUUAAUUUUAAACAAUUCUGGCUUCUCGUGGUCUUCAGGGCAGCACCAACAUGUAGAGCUGGAUUCCUUACCUAGACCUGGAUAUGAAAUACCCACUUCAAGCUGUCAAAGGCAGGUUGAGUAUAAUGAUAUUAACAAUCCAAGUUUUGAUUCUAAUAAUAGAGACAUCAAUAAUAGGCAUUCCAAUACAUCUAAUCACCUUGUGGAUGGAGCAACUUUAGGGUCUGAACCUUGUGGUGAACCAGAUGCCAGUACAUCAGAGCCAUUGCCUCAAAGAGAUACUUAUGCUGCAGAUGGGGUAUAUUCUCCUUCAGAUGAAUUAGAUGCAUCAGCUAAUGAAAAUGAAGAUAUUUCUCCAGUUGGACAUCUGUCUAAUCAUUGUGAUGCUGAGUAUAUUAGAAAACAAGAUUCCAAGGCCAAACUAGUUGACGUAGAUACUGCAUCAAAUGCAAAAUUUUCAACUGAUAAUCCCCAGGAUUCUUUGCUUCUUGAAGCAACAUUAAGGUCUGAAUUAUUUGCACGGUUGGGAGCAAGAGCUAUGAAGAGUAGAAAUCCAUGUAACAAUGUAGAGCCUGCGGUUGAGCGAGGUGCUGAAAAUGAGGUUGUAAAUGAGAAAAACCAGAUGCAUCACAGUGUUGUUCCACUAUCUUUGGCAGAAGAGAAUGAUCUUAAAGCUAUAGGCAUUGAGAGUCAUGAAAGGAGCAUCUAUGUGGGUUCCAGUGAGAUUCAAAAUCAGCUAAACUUUGGUGGAAGAUCUAUGAAUGUCAACUGCAGCGUUGGUUCAGGAGCACAAGGAGAUAUAUCUUGUCAAGGUUGCCAUUCAACAGAUACAGAGAACACCUCACCCUUGAUAUUUAGGAGUGCAUUCAGUGAGCUGAGAGAAAUGUUUCCAUUCAAUUCAAAUCAAGUACAAAGUAAAUAUGCUUUUAUUCAUGCUAAUGAUGGUCAAAAUGAAAAUGCUACUUCCCUCAGUUCUGAUGAAACAAAGUGGAGUAAUAUGUUAGCAAUUUCAAUGCCUGUCACUGUCGGAAACUUACUCUCAGGCGACAGUUCUUUUUGCUACAGCCCUGCAGUUGAUCCAUUUUGGCCACUAUGCACGUAUGAACUGCGAGGAAAAUGCAACAAUGAUGAGUGUCCUUGGCAGCAUGCUAAGGACUAUGGUGAUGGAAACAUUCAGCACGCUGAUUCUAAUAAUGCAGAUGGUCAAGGUAGAUUACCAUUGCAUCAACAUAACUGUAAUGGUGGGACAAAAGUUCCCAAGUGUCACAAAGCUACCAUUCUGCCAACUUACCUUGUUGGUUUAGAUAUUCUUAAAGCAGAUCAAUUUGCAUAUAAACCUGUUGUGGCUCAUAGGAAUACUCAAUGCUGGCAGAAGCAUUUCAGUAUUACUUUAGCUACUUCAAAUCUACUUCGAAAUAGUUUACCUGCUGGAGGUCCAUUAUUGCAUGGUGAUGAACGCAUAGAGGUCCAUGGUGCAUGGAACAAGCAAUUGUCUUCUUUUCAUUGGAGAAGUGGAGCUGGGAAUCAAAUUAAGCAGGCUAUGGCUGACAGUGAACAAGCUGUUGAAAUGGCUCUUCUUAUUCUCAACCAGGAAAGUAAUAAAUUGCAAGGUGUAAGAAAGGCCUUAUCUGUACUGUCAAAAGCUCUGGAGACUUAUCCAACAUCUGUGGUUCUCUGGAUUGUUUAUCUGGUCAUUUACUAUGGAAAUUUGAAGCCAAAUGAAAGGGAUGACAUGUUCUUGUGUGCGGUUAAGCUCUGUGAAGGAUCUUAUGUGCUCUGGCUCAUGUACAUCAACAGUCAGGGAAAGCUUGAUGAUCGGUUGGUUGCCUAUAAUACAGCCCUCUCAGUGCUCUGUCAGCAUGCAUCUGCCACUCCCUAUGAUAGAAUACAUGAAAGUGCAUGCAUCUUAGACCUGUUUUUGCAGAUGAUGGAUUGCUUGCGCAUGUCAGGAAACGUUGAAAAGGCCAUUGAAAGAAUUUAUGGAAUAUUUACUGCUACAACAAAAUCCAAUGAGCCUCAUCGACUGUCACUCUCUGAUAUACUCAAUUGCUUAACAAUUUCUGACAAAUGUGUAUUCUGGGUUUGUUGUGUUUACUUAGUUAUUUACAGGAAACUGCCCGAUGCUGUAGUUCAGAAGUUUGAAUGUGAGAAAAAUCUCCUUGAUAUUGAAUGGCCUGUUGUCAGUUUAUCAGAAGAUGACAAGGAGAUGGCUAUUAAACUUGUGGAGGCAGCUGUUGAAUCUAUUGAUUCUCUUGUCUCUAAUGAAUCAGUAAAAAGUGAAGUUAAUCUAAGUUCUGCUCAACUUUUUGCUCUCAAUCAUCUUAGAUGCAUGGUUGCUCUUGAUAACAAAGAAUGCUUGUGGAAUUUGUUGGAUAAAUACAUUAAGUUGUAUCCUUCCUGCAUUGAAUUGGUCCUGGCAUCAGCUCGAAUACAGAAAGAGGAUAUUCAUGUUGAUAAUUUCAUGGGAUUUGAGGAAGUGAUUAGCAGAUGGCCAAAAGAAGUUCCUGGAAUCCAGUGCAUCUGGAAUCAGUACAUUGAAAAUGCCAUCCGCAAUGAAAGAAUUGAUCUUGCAAAAGCAAUUACAGUUCGAUGGUUCCACUCUGUUUGGCAAGUACAAGAUCUCCCAAACAGAGGGAUGGAGACCACUGAUGGUGGUAAUUCAUCUGGCUUAUUGGGACUGGAUUCAAAAUCUGUUUUAGACAGAUCCAGUUGUGAUCAUAAACAGAUAGAUAUGUUGUUUGGAUUUCUUAACCUAUCUCUUUAUAAAUUUUUCCAGAAUGAUAGAACAGCAGCAUGCAUAGCAGUUGACAAGGCUAGGAGUACUGCUAGUUUUGGAGGUUUAGAGCAAUGUAAGAGAAAACAUGUGAUGUUUGUAGUUUGUGAUGCCCUAAACUUAACAGAGGAUGGUCCUGAGGGUGCUAUCAAGAAGAUUUUGGAGUUAUAUUUGGAUGGUUCCUCUCAGGACUUGCUAGUCCCUAAGGUGUUGACAAGAACAUUUGUUGACAUCAUCAAGAAGCCAAGAGUAAGGCAUCUUAUUGGCAACAUAUUAUGUCCAGUUUCAUUAGAUUGUUCUCUGCUAAAUUUGAUACUUCAAUCUUGGUUUGGUUCUUCUCUUCUACCCCAAACUAUUAGUGACCAGAAACAUCUGGUGGAUUUUGUUGAAGCCAUUAUGGAGGUAGUUCCUCACAACUUCCAGUUAGCUAUUACUGUUUGCAAGCUAUUAAUCAAGGACUACAAUUCUUCUGACUUAAACUCGGCCAGUCUCUGGUUUUGGGCUUGUUCAACCCUGGUAAAAGCAAUUUUGGAUGCAAUGCCUAUACCACCAGAAUACGUCUGGGUGGAAGCUGCAGGGUUUUUGCACAAUGCUAUGGGCAAUGAGACAAUAUCUGAGAGGUUUUAUAGGAGGGCACUAUCAGUGUAUCCAUUUUCUAUCGUGUUGUGGAAAUGCUUCAAUAAUCUAUAUAUGACCGGUGGAGAUGCAAAAGAUGCUGUUGAAGCAGCGAAAAAUAGGGGUAUAGAGUGUGAUUAACUAUAUAGACUUAGGAGUUGGUUGAAUGUCAGUUUGAUAGGAUCAACAUAUCUGCACAUGGGAACUUUGGGGGCAGUUUUGCUUCUUUCACGAGGAGGCAUUAACAUGUAUAUAAUUUUUUCAAUCUUGGAAUAUUUCCACAUAAUUGAAAGCAGUUCUGGUGACAGAAAUUCCAGGAGUUUGAGAGUUGAACUUGAAUCGGAUUUGUACUGGCAAUGUCUGGUGACUUGUUAGGGAGAAUUAGAUUGUAGGUGGUGCUGGUGAAUUUUAUAGGAUUAGUGGUGGAUGUUAUCUGCUUUUGCUGUCUCCGUACUUUGUUUUCCUCCUCCUCCUCCUCGCCCCGCCCACCCCCCACCCCCCCCAAAAAAAAAAAAAAAAUUCCUGUAACUGGUGUUACUCACUGAUGCUCAUCUUCUCCGUUACACACAAAAUGAGAAAGAAAAAAGUGCAGACACAUGUGAAGGCCUUUACAUUUCUGUAGUAUUAGGUGAAAUCCCAUGUUGGUGUCACUAAAUAACUCGAACCUGAUCCCAAUAAAUGUCACCAACACGAGAUUUUAUCCAAUAAUAGUGUGGAAAAGAGUGUCAAAGAUUGAGUUGCUUGCAAUUUUCCUCCACAUUAUUAUGCUGGGCAUGGUGGUAUCACAUGUUGGACAUUGUAAAUUUGUAGACUAUUACUUGACAUAUGGAAUGAAAGAAAUAUGCUUUU